AUGGAAAAUGAUCAGGUUGAAAUACAAAUUGAAAAUGAUAAAGGUCCACCUGUAAUUGAUAAAGGUCCAUCUGUAAUCGAUAAAAAAAAUCAGAUAAAAGAAUCGACACUAUUUACGAAAAGUGCAGCAAUUAGUCAGGACGAAUCAUUUUUAGUUAUAUUUGAAAGUAUUGCGUUAGCAGUCGGAGAUAAUUAUGAUGAUAUCAUAAUACGAAUGUAUAACAUAAAUAGCGAUGAAACGAAAAAUAAAGUUAUUUCUGAAGCACAUUCUGAAACAUUAACACUUACAUUUACUGACGAACACGAAGAGCAAAGUUGGUUGAUAGAGUCUAGUUCUUUUUCAAGUUUUUCUAUUGCUGUAUCAAAUGAGUAUAAAGAAAAUUUUAGAUUGCUAGCUUUAUCUUGCAUAAGUGACGAUGAUAUGCAAGCGCCUGAUAUGGAUAAAAAAAGUAGGUGCGGUUAUACCAGAGUGUGGAUGAUCGGAAACGAUUUUAAAGCCAAAGAAUGUAGUAUAGAAAUAAAUAAUGGUGGAAUAAUCCAGUUUAUUUCUGUUGAUGAUGAUUUCACGCUUAUUUUGUUAAAAGGAAAUGGAAUUUAUAAAUAUCGUUUACGAUAUUUAUCAGAUGGCAUGAAAUUUCACUCUGAGGUUUUAGUGUUAAAUUAUCCGGAAAGAAUAAAUACUGCUUUAAAGUAUAAUUGUAGUGAAUAUGUUAGUAGGUAUAUGACCGUGCCACAUAGUGAUAUUGUGCGUAAAUAUCUUUUGAGAUGCUUAAAUAGGCAUUACUUAUUAGUAGAUACUUCUGGGAGAGAUCCAAACAAGAAUAUAGAAAUUUUUAAUUUAAAAACUAAUCAAUUAGUGAAUGUAUUUAAAAGAUAUAAAUUUGUUUUAUCAAUUUUGGAUCGUGAAAAACCUGGCGCAUUUACGAUAUCUAAUGAUGAAAAUCUGUUAGCAUACGUAUCUGGAAAUGACCUUAAAAUUUAUUUAUUAGAAAAUGGUCUUGAGUUAUCAUCUUUAUCAUGUGAAGAUGGCAUGUUUGAUGUGGAAUUUAUGAAGUUUGUCUUAAAUGAUGAAAAAUUAUUAAUAUUCAAAGCCGACAGGACUGUAGCAAUCUGGGAUAUUUUUAAUUCUGUUAGAGAAUCUAUCGAAUUCAUACCUUUGGAAAAAAGCACAUUUUCAGGUUUAGCCAAGCAAAUGACGAGAAUAGUCAUCGGCCCUAGUUUAGAAAAAUCAGAAAAUUUAGAAAAUAAAUAUUUUACGAUCCUAAAUAUAAGACCAUUCUUUGACAUUGAUGAAAAUCAAAUAGCUUGGGAUAAAUUAGUUCUAAGUGACCAUUUGACAAGAUCGGGUCUUAAUCCAGAUUGGAUAGAACUAACUCCUUCUGACAGUAACAUCACUAACGCGAAACCCAAUGCUUAUGGCAUUGAUGAAAAUGUUUCAUUAUUGGAUUUGAAAGAAUCGGAACUUAAGUAUUAUCAAGGAAUAGAACCAUGGGCUGUUCAUCCUGCAGAAAAAAUAAUUGAUACUUAUAUUAAAGUGCGACCUUCGUUUCCAAGACAUGUUAUCUAUCUUGAUAAAAAUAAAAAAAUAAGACUCCUUAUAGGCAACAAUACUAUACAAAUUUGGCGUGGUAAAAUGCUCGAAUUUAUUCACAUUGUCAAUGAUAACCCCGAAGAGCCAGAGGAACCUCAUGAGAAAUUCAAAAUUAACAAAAUUAAAUAUGGUGUUGAAAAAUUUGAUCUUCUGAUUAGUAAAGAGGAAGGAAAAGACAUUCAGAUAAAAAUAGAACUUGAUGAUGAUAUUAUACACAUAGUAAGAAGUGCAAUCGAUGCACUUAUAUAUUUGGAUAGUCAAAGUAAAUCUGUUAAUCUUGCUGUAGGUGGUAAACGUAUAACAUAUAACGAUAUAGUUCAACAAACACGGAACAUUAUUACAAGAUUUAUCACUUUAUAUUCGAAUCCUUGGAGACUAAUAGAUUUUCGUUAUAAGCUAAUGAGCAAAUUUAUUAUUUUAAAAGAUUUUCUACUCAUAACCCGUAUUUUGUUUGGUCAAAGAAAUGAAUCAACUGAUGGUUCUGAAAAAUGUAUUUCACAAAUCCUUUCUGUGAUCUCAAUAAAUGAUAACGAAAGUAAUACUGAAAAUGACGUUAAAACCAAAUUAAUAAAAAUUAAAAACAUUAUUUCAAGACACUCUUUCAGUCAUAAAACAACUAAAGAAGAGCAAUAUUAUUCAACCAAUGCGAUGGAUAACAUUGGAUGGAUGAACGUUGUGUCUGAAGUCAUACCAGUAUUAUACGAAAAGGAACUCGACUGGUACGCUCAAGAGUUCCUCUACAAGCCUUGUUUUGGUAACAAAAUGUUAGAUUUGUCUAGUUUCAAAUUUCAUAAGGUUAAGAAAAGCUCCGAAAAUUCUUUAAAAGUUUAUAUUCCUAUAACACAACUCAUUCCUCGCGAUACAAAUUUAGAACUUAAUCAUAUAAGUGACGAUGAGAUUCCUUACAUCAGAAUGGUACCUUUGAUUAAUUUUGCAACGAAUAAAGAAACACAAGAUCCAAUGGAUGAAACUAAGAUGGUUAUUACAAGACUUUUUUUACCUGGAAAAUACUCAUCUAUCGAACUUAAGGACUAUAGCCCCUUUAUUCGGCUCUUAAUGAAGAUGGAUGCAGAUGAUGCAUUUUAUGAUAACCCCUCAAUGGAAGCCGUCAUGAAUUGGAUGUGGUUUAUACUUCUUGGCUAUCCAUCAAACGAAUCAUUAAAUCAAGCACCUGAUACUUACGAUGUUGUGAAUCCGAAUUCAAAUACAACACUUUAUUCAAUGAUUGGCGAAGUACCCGAUAAUCCAUUUUCCAAUUUGCUUACCUCUAUAAUUGCCGUAUAUAAUUGGGAUUCAAUUCCAUUGGAUACUUGGAAUUUUUGGCCCCUUGCUAUUAUCAAUGUUCUUGGUGGCUUUCUUUUUGUCAUUAUAUUGGCAAAUGUAAUUAUCUCGUUUAUGGGUAACGCGUUUUCAAAUGCGGAAAAAGACAGUAGACGUGGUGUGCUCAGACUUCAAAAAGAUUUAAUUUCUGACUAUGCAAUUCUUGAAGGGUCCUCUCUUACCACUAAAACAAAUAAUUUUGAUUACUUAUUUAAAGAUAAGUUACAUGUGAGGUAUAUAUGUUUUUUGGAUGAACCAUUACUUACAGAUGCAUGGAAAGAGAAAUCAAUAGAAUUAGGUUCAAGAUGGUUAGAAGCAUACGGUUUUUUUGCAAGGAAAGAAAGUUCUGAUGCUGAAGUUGAUAUUGAUGAAGUUGAUUUUAUUUGGACCCGAUCAGAAAAUGCAAAAUAA